GCUUCGGAUGCCGAAGCUGUGCUACCAGAGAGGGACCCUGGGGCCGAUGACCAUCCGCCCUCGAGCAUCGGAAUGAGCGACCUCCCUGCUUCAAGAGCAUCGUUGAAGAUGAAGAGUCCUUAAAACCAAACAGACUCAAUGGGCUUUGUGAUGCUUUGUGAUGCUUUGCAGAGCGUGUUUUUUUAGGUCAUCAUCCAAGUAGCUCCCACACGGAACAGUGUUUAAGUUUUAAGUGUGUGCGCGCAGCCAAGGUGAGGAGCAAGAUCACAACGAGCAUGAACUUUAUCCCUCACACCACCAAGCGGUUGACACAGGUGGCUCAAAUGGAGAUCCUGACGACGCAUUACUUGGCGACGGUGAGGCUGCUUCAAGCCAUCGGCAAAAGGGCAAAGGCAAGGGUGCCAGCCACGGUGGUUCAAGCCGCAGCUCGGGCAUCGAGGGUUCAACUCGGGGUCGCCCAGAUAGCCGGGAGAGAGACCGUGACUGGCGCUCCACAUCUAGAGCUCGUUCAGCUUCUUUCGACGAGAACCGGUUUUCAUCCUGGAAGGGGAAGGGGAAAGCCAAGGGGAAGGGAGGCAGGGGGGCUGCAGAAAGGCAAAGGGAAGGCCUUCUGCUGGUAUGGCUACGAGUGCUCCCGUGUGGAUUGCUGGUUCCAUCAUCCAGACGGCCGCUCCAUCGAUGGGCACGGAAGCGAGGAACAUGUGCGCGCGGUGUCCGCGGAGGUGUCGCUGGCGCGGAGGGGAGGAGGGGCUUGGAACGACCGGAAAGGAAGAGGGAAAGGGAAGUGCUGGAAGGGCUACGAUUGCACAAGGGUAAAUUGCUGGUUCGAUCACCCAGAGGGCCGGGAGAUUGAUACAAGGACGAGAAGUUCGAGUCGAGAGAGGUCUUCAAGUCAGCAGCGUCUCACGGGAAGAGAAGCGGGCGCACGUGUGGUCUCGCAAAUGGAUCUCAGCCAUGACUAUUGCAAACAGCUGAAAGAUGGAAUGCUCUACCACCUGGCAUUCUUCCUUCGAAGAUACCAGCUAGUGGGACGUGUCUCCAAUCUUCAGCUGGAACUUCUCACCUUUCUUCCAGAAGGCAUCUGGAACUUGGAACAGCUUCAUGAGGAUAUCCAGGUGGAGCUGGCGAGACUCAGCUCCUUACGCGUGGAACUCACGGAGCAAAUCCCUCUGCCUCAAGCGUUGGUUCCUCGCUUGAUGGGGCCUGAAGGUGCCCACAUGAACGUGCUCAGCCGGGAUUUGGGAGUGCAGAUCACGCUGGAACACGGAGCGGAACCAGGUGUCGGUGCUGAGGAGCAAACAGCCACAGCUUGGAUGGUGGGGGCGCCCGAAGUCCUCUUGGAUGCGCGGAAUGCCUUGGAGAACCAUUUGAUCUCCUUGUCCACCCGAAGUCCUGCCGAUCUGGAAGAACAACUCGCGCACGAACGGCAGCAAAGCGUGCACAUCUUUGUAGACAACAGCAACAUUUGCAUCGGGUGCCAGUUGCUGCCCACUGGAAUCCGGGACUUUCAGCAACGGAUUUACAUCAAAGGCUUUACUGGUGCCCUUCAAGGUGUCAGGACGGUGCAGCGGCGCGUGGUGAUGGGCUCUCGCCCCUCGGCGCCCUCGAUCUGGGCGGCGUGGAAGCGCGCCGGCUACGAAGUGCAAACCGCGCAUCGUGAUCCGAGAAACCGUGAAGAGUUUGUGGAUGGUCGUCUUGUAGGAGAAGCCUUGAUGCAUGUGCUGCGCUUCCCUCGUUGUGACGACGAUCAUGUGCUGAUCCUGGCGACGGGGGAUGGAAACCUUGGAGGUCAAGCACCCAAUACCGCUGGAGCCAACUUCCAGAACUUGGUCCAGACCGUCGCGGAGGGUCGCGUGCCGGGCUGGAGCGUGGAGGUCUGGUGUUGGCGCUCCAGCUGCCAUGGAGUCUACAAGAGGAUGGCCAAGGAAGGCCAGAUUCGGCUUUGCUUCCUCGAUGGUCUUCGAAAGCAGGUCACCAUGACUGCCCGUUCCACGGCUGAGCUCGUGGCUGACCCCUUGGCCCCGGAGGACACUUGUGUGCAGUGCUUGCAAGCGGAGCCAACGCAUGCAUUCUACCCCUGCACUCAUCGAGUUCUUUGCGCCUUGUGCGCAGCGGAGACACGCCCACAUCUCAACACUCAUCCCCUAGGCCUGUGCUUCAUUUGCCGCUGCCCUUGGCAAGACAUCCGCGUGGCAGAGCAACGAAUGACCAUUUAAGCCGCCGCUCCUGGCCAACGAUCCACAGAUCCUGGACGUUUGCAACAGACGGAUGUGAGGUGCUGGUGAACCACGAGAGCGGGCCAGGGACUUGCGAUUUGGCCGAGAGUGAGCAGGUCGCAUGUGCGGAGGUUUUCGAACAGGCCGAGUUUCCCGGCAACCUUCCAACCUUCCAACCCGAGACUGUGGCUAGCUGCCUUAAACCUCGAGUUUCUGCUUCGAUAUCAUCAAUGGUGGAAGCAAUGGAGUUGGACUGUGAGGAGUGAAACUGGCAGCGCGCGCCGGUCUUGCUUUUCAGGCCUCCAGUCGGCUGGACGGCAGCGACUUCGACUUCGUCGCAGGCAGCGCUGCCACAGCUCGCUGGGCGGCCGACUUCGCAGACUUCGAAGCUCAUCGAACAAAGGUUCGAAGCAGAUCACGG